CACUUGACGACAUUCCGAAACCCCCAAUUUCGAACCCGACGUCGCCUAUUCAUUCAAACCACAUCCACGACUGCAUUCGAUCACCUGCUGCGAAUUCAUCCGCUCUUGCGCUUCUGCCUGUAGAGGACGCGUAAGGCCACUCGAUAAAGAAAUUAAUACAGCCAGCCCGCGCGAACGCACAAAGUAAUCAAUAACCCCCGACUUCGAACUGCCGACCCAUCGAUUUGUGGCACGCCCGCCAUGUCAUCGGGUCCCGCUGGGCUCGGGCAUGAGACGGCCCGGGGCCUCGACGCUCACGGCGGCGUCUCUGUCCGCUCGACACGUGGCCAUCACCACGCGCCGUCGCUAGAUGCCAUCGCUACCCAGAAUACCGAGAUUGAGGACUCGCGAUCGUCGUCAUCGACCAACUCGCCCGUGCCCAACGAGAAUGAGGAAUCCGACUUUUUCCUCGGCGCCAACGAUUCCCAGUCGUCCCUCGGCGUUCCCAACCUACAAGAUAUGCAAGUGACGGACGAUUACGAUUGUCUGGCGGCGGUUAACAAGCUUCCCAAUGAGAUCCUCAUCAGCAUCUUCUCGCGCCUCUCGUCGACGGCUGACCUGCGCAACUGCAUGUUGACAUGUAAGCGCUGGGCCCGCAACACGGUUGAUCAACUAUGGCAUCGGCCAUCUUGCACCAGCUGGGACAAGCACGCCAUGAUCUGCCGAACCCUCACCAUCGAAUACCCAUACUUUUCCUACAAGCACUUUGUCAAGCGGCUGAAUCUUGCCCAGCUCGCUGAGAAAGUUAACGAUGGAAGUGUCAUGCCUCUGGCUGUCUGUAACAGGGUCGAGCGCCUGACGCUGCCCAACUGCAAGGGUCUGACCGAUUCCGGAUUGACCGCCCUUGUCACAAACAACGACCACUUGCUGGCGCUUGACAUGUCGGGAGUUGAGCAGGCCACGGAUGCCUCUGUCCUUGCCAUCGCAGAGCACUGCAAGAGGCUUCAGGGCCUCAACGUCUCCGGAUGUACCCGUAUUUCUAGUGAGGCGAUGGCAGUUCUUGCCCAGAGUUGUCGAUACAUUAAAAGGUUAAAACUCAACGAGUGUAGGCAACUCGGUGACGAAGCUGUCUUGGCAUUUGCCGAGAAUUGUCCCAACCUACUCGAAAUUGAUCUCCUGCAAUGUAGACUGGUGGGAAAUGCUUCCAUCACUGCUUUGCUUUCCAAAGGACAGUCGUUGCGGGAACUUCGACUUGUCUUUUGCGAACUCAUUGACGAUGGCGCUUUCCUUUCUCUGCCACGAAACCGGACCUACGAGCACUUGAGGAUCCUUGAUCUCACCUCGUGCAUACAACUGACAGACCGCGCCGUUGAGAGGAUUAUCGAGGUGGCUCCGCGCCUUCGCAACCUAGUCCUCUCGAAAUGUAGAGCUAUCACGGACACGGCCGUUUACGCCAUCUCCAAACUGGGCAAGAACCUGCACUAUGUACAUUUGGGCCACUGCCAGAACAUCACAGACGAGGCUGUCAAGCGGUUGGUGCAUUGCUGCACCCGUAUCCGCUAUAUCGACCUCGGCUGUUGUAUUCACCUGACGGACGAAUCCGUCACAAAGCUGGCCACUCUUCCCAAGUUAAAGCGUAUUGGCUUGGUUAAGUGUUCUGGGAUCACGGAUGAGAGCAUUUUGGCACUUGCUAAGGCCAACCAGAAGCAUCGUCAGCGCCGAGACCACCAAGGAAACCCAAUUCACGGUUCUUUCCACAGCCAGAGCAGCCUUGAACGUGUGCAUCUAAGUUACUGCACCAACUUGACCUUGAGGGGAAUAAUCAAACUACUUCAGGCAUGCCCCAAAUUGACACAUCUCAGCUUGACAGGCGUUCAAGCAUUCCUGAGAGACGACUUAGCUCAAUUUUGCCGUGAUGCACCUCAAGAGUUUACCGAAAACCAGCGCAACGUCUUCUGCGUCUUUUCGGGCCAGGGUGUUGUCAGCCUUCGUCGAUACCUGAAUACCAACUUGUUUGAUGACUUCCACGACAGGCCUGCACGGCGUCAUUCGGUCCCAGGUGGCGGUGUGCACACUCACCCGCCAGGUCAAGUCGCAGAUCUUCACGCAACCUUGGACGCCUCUUUUGAUGACCAAGAGCCCGAUACUGUAGAGGACGACGCAGCAUACGACGCAGACAUGACAAUGGACGGCGCAAUCCCACCACCACCACCUCCCCCGCCACCCGCGCCCGGCGCACCCAAUACCCAUUAUCAAAGCGUGUUUCCCGGAUACCCAGCACCCGAUGCAACCGUCACUCUCGAAGGUGGACUUGCCGGCCCAUCGCAUGCAAUUCAACAAGAAGGAUCGAACGCUGGCGCAGGUGGAUUCAACGCCCCGAGGGCUGAUAUGUUCCCUGGUGGUUCGAACCAAUCUCUGAAUCACGACAGGGCCAGAGGUGUGCCCUCUUUGCCGCAGGUUACCAUGAGGCAAGAUCAAGGCUUUCCAAGUGGUAGCGGGUUGGAGGCCGGCUUGGCGGGUCCUAUGCCGUCUGCAAGUAUGGGCUCAAGACACAAUGUUGGCGAGGACAUCAGUCCUGUGUCUUCCAACGGCAAUACACCUGAGCCGCCUGCAUAACCAUAAUUGGUCUUGGGGAGGCUUGAAUAAAUAUUGGGCAAGAAGUGCCUCUGGAGUGAUUGUAUGAGGCGGAAGAAGAUGGGCAAAAGGUCAAGAUCGGCAACAAGACCGGCCAUCUGGGUUUAAAGUCAUCGUAGCUUUCUCUGGCUUUUACUUCCCCAUCUUUCAGUCUGCGUUAUCCAUUUGAUUGCUUGAGGAAGUUUUUUGUUUGUGUUUUACUCUUCCAAGUUUCUAGACUGUUCACGGCCGGAUCGUUCCAGGGAAACCCGAAAGACAUAUUUAACCAAACUGAAAUGAAAGGGGUGUGACAUUGCGAGUCAGGCGUGCGAUGACUUUGGAAGCUUUCUUAUUCUAUUUUUGUUUUCCUAUGCCAAGUCAGUGGUUUGACGGUGCAAACCAAAGAAAACCUUGGUCUUUCGUCAGCGAGCGGAGAUGACAGUCGUCAGCUUAUAUGGAUUAUUUGUUUGGUAUAGCCUUGGGAGCUUGGCGCGCGGCCUGGAGAAGACGACGGUGGUAUAUUACUGCAUGCAGACGAGGAAUAUGGGCUUUGCUCUUUUUUCUUCUCUUUUCUUUUUCCUUUUUCUUCUUCUGAGGCAGUGUGAGCAUGCAUCCUGAGUGUCUUCGGAUGUGGAGUCCAAGCGAAGUAUUGCUCAUUUAUCUGUUGGUUGUAUUGAGUUGUGCUCUUUCAUCCAUGGGGACCGAUUAUUUGGGCUGGGAGUUUCGCUGAUUAUUCAUUUUUUUUUUUUUUACUGUUGUCCCAGUUAAAGGGUUCUUGUCAUAACUUGACCGCUGCGGGGCGUGUGACAUGACAUACAAAGAGAACAUGGGAUGGGGGAAGGAUUCAGGGAUUUGGGUCGAGGCAAAGAGACAAGAGAAAAGAGAGCGGGCUGUGAACAGUACCGGCUUCCCAGUUAUGAAGAAGAUACUGUGAGUGAUAGAACGAGAAAGAAUAAGGAAAUUUAUGUCUUGCUAUCCUUUUGCUUCUAUUUGCCAAUGCGUCAUUCUUUCCACGUCCUGGGUUGGUUGACAG